ACAAAGUCUUGUUUGUCGCAAUUGGCUAAUUUGUUUGAUAGACUCACAAGACUUUGACGAUUGUGUGUAGUUAUUUUAUUGUCGUAUUGGUAACUGCAACAAUGGUCAUUACAGUCGAAACACGGAAAAUGUAUAGAUAUCCAUUCGAGCGCGUGGUAGACAUUCAUCUGAACAAGUAUCCCACACCGCUUGAAGAACACGUCAGAGGUAUCAAAACAGUAGAAGAAAAGAAAGACAAUGUCUCCGGAAUUAUUUACAGAAAGAGGAUAGCAACCUGCAAUAAUGUGCUUCCCAGCAUCCUACGAAAGGUGCAUGUUAUGAAUGUAGAUGAUAUUUACAUGGAGGAGGAGUCCUGGCUGGACGUGAAGCGGAGGACCAUGAACAUCAAGAGUCGCUGUCUCACAUGGACCCAAUAUGGCACUUUACAGGAGGUGUCCAGUUUUAGGGAAAGCGCAGCCAACCCCAACUGGACUGAGUUCCUACAAAGUGGCAGUGUCACAGUCACUGGGGUAGGAAGACUCAACAGACUGUUUGAGCUCUUUGCACAGUCCUUCUUCAGUAAAGGAAUUAAGAAGAGCGUGACAAUAAUGGAAAAAAUCUUGGAGCAGCGAUAUGGAUGUCCUUGUUCCUAAAGCAUAAGUAUCAUGCAGAGGGAUAAAGCCGACUUCCUGGAGAUGAUGGAUUUUGAGCUUCAACAACUGGGGGAAAAAUGACAACACUGAUUCCCAUACAAGUUGGACACAUUUUGUGACGCUAAGAGAACAUGCCAAAGACUGCUUUAAAGUUUUCAAAGUUUAAAAUGAUUAUUUUUCUGACACUGAAGAUUUUGCAAAUGCGAUAUUAUACAAUGGUGCUAUGCCUUUUAUGAACAUUACCGCGCUGCUGUGGUCUUCUUCAGAUUUAUUACAAUCAUGACUGAAUCUCAUGCGGUCUGCUGUUGAGUUUUGAUUCGGUCGAAUAUAAACAAUUAUGCAUUUUUUAAACAAAUCUCAGCUUGACAUUAGAUAAUUAUAUUUUAGUGAGUGCACCAUUCCCUGCUCAUCAGUGCACAUAAUGAAAGGAUUAAUUAUCUUAUUUUACAAUAAAAAGAUCACCAUAAAGAAGAAUAAGAAGAAGAUUGCAAUGAAGAUGAUCACUAGAUAACUGACAAGCCAUAGGAAAUCCUUAUGAUUCAUAUUACAGUGCAGCAAAUAUUAAAUUGUGCAGUACAUAAGUUUGUCAAUGAGUGUCUGCUAAAGCAGGCAUUAUACAAAAAAAUCUUUUUCAUAAUCCUACUAUGGCAAAUAAGAACCUAUAGCUUCAGGAUUAACAUUUUUGGAAACAGAUUCUAAAUAGACUGUACUGAGCUCCAUUUUCCCUCCGCAUAAAUAUGUCACAGCUGAUGAUUUUUCCAUAUCUGUGUAAUAGUUUUCUAAAUUAACUGAUCACAAUUUCAUGUGAAUGAACCUUCUUAUCUAGGUACAUUGGAACAUGUGGAAAAUAGAAACGUCAUUAUAGUGGUAAGAAUGCCACUUCAACAUUUUAGCAAAUCCUGUGAGAUUACAGAAAUGUUUAUUGUCCACUCGGGAACAGAGGUCUCCUCAUCCACGCCAGGGUACAUAUGGCUACAUGGACAGUGCAAUUUAUCACUCAUUUCAGGUCAUGAAUUGGCUUUUUGGAGUUUUUAUAUAAUUUAAUUGAAUCCUUGUUCCGUUUUUACACACUAGCAGUGUUGAAUGUCAGUCAAAGAAUAGCCUAGCGGUGGCAUCAGUACCUCAGCCACUGAAGCAGUAUUCUGCUAUCUGAGCCAAUCUUGAAUUGCCUUUGAUGGACUCUUAGAGCGACCCAAUGUCUUUGCAAAAUGUUUCUUUUACUUCAAUUAAACCUGCAUUGUAGCUUGACUGUGGUUCAAUGAAAUCUUUGAAGUACCAGCUAACUGUAAUGUGGGAAGUGAUAGGGCUUUUGUUUACUUUCACAAAGGGGCUUGGUUACUACUCCACCAGCAGUGCCUUUCCUGUGAAUUGUGAUUUAUUUUUGGGACUAUAUCCUCUGGGGCUAAAAUGAGUC